AUGGGGCAGCGGAAUCGACGGGAAAAGCAGAAAGGAAAACGAGUGAGGGUGCUAAGGAGAAGUGAAAGGCUUGAUGGGGCACCUAAUGAACACGUACCGGCAGACCAGGCAACACACGCAGCACCGCGCAUACCUGGGAGAUGUGGACCACACUCAUGCGAAGAGGAGAAGGUCUGCGUGCCUGUCAAAGAUAGUCCAGAUCAACACUACUGCGUUAAAAGCAAACAGGGAAAAUGUGAGAGACACUCUUGCGCUAAUGAAGAAGCUUGUGUGCCUGUACCUAAAACCAAUGGCACAACACUCCAUUAUUGCUUAUGUGUUAAUGGAGGUGAACCGCCUAGUAAAGACUUCAAAUGUCCAAGGAACACAGUGCCAGUAGUUCUGAAGCCAGUCCUGAACGUCCAGCCUCCGAGCAGCACUCGGAACAACUCAGACGGCGCGAGGUUCACCGUCUCGCCUACGGGAGAAGUGCCCAACUCAUUGAUCAGUGACGUUCUGCCGGAAUCAGUAGGAACAGCGGGUACCGAAACAGGGGUGUACAGUGGAACCGUUAGCAACAAUUCCGCUCUACUAGCUGCCAGCGCUAUCGUGGGGGCUCUCAUGCUAGUCAUCGUGUUCGCUCUGGUAGUUAUAUGCUACCUCAAAAGACGGAUAUGUGUUGUAGCAGGAAAAGGGCAACCGCGUGUGCGACCAGGAGAACCUCUGCUUGCUGAACGGUAUAUAACGAAUCCGCAGUACGGAGUGUGCGGCGCAGGCACGGCGGCUGCCCCGGCUCCGGCGACGCCCGCGGCGCUCCCGGCUGUCACCACGGACGUAACGAGUGACCAAGUUCCGCUUUUGGACAGGAACGCUUUAACCUUCCUUGAAGAAGUCGGCGAAGGAUGCUUCGGGAAAGUUCAUAAAGGGUUACUGCGCCUGGAAACUGACGAACAGGUGGUCGCAAUUAAGGUUCUCAAAAAGAGCGCUGGACGUAGCGCGGAAGAGGACUUUGUGAGAGAAGUUUCUAUUAUGUCUGCAUUCCGACAUUCGAAUAUUUUAAGCCUCAUUGGAGUGGUACACAGAGAAGACACCGACUCAAGCCCUUGGAUGGUGUUCGAGUACAUGGAAUGGGGAGACUUGGCCGGCGUGCUGCGCGGCUGCCGCGGCGGCGGGCGCGCCGGGCCCACGCUGGACGACGCCGCUCUUCUGCACGUGGCGUUACAAGUAGCUCGCGGCAUGGAGUACCUGGCUUCCCGCCGUUUCGUACAUCGUGAUCUCGCCGCCAGAAACUGCCUCGUUGGAGCUAACCUCGCUGUCAAAAUCGCCGACUUCGGAAUGUCACGCGACGUAUACACCUGCGACUACUAUAAAAUGGGUGGCGAGCGGCCCAUGCCAGUGCGAUGGAUGUCCCCCGAGAGCAUAGUUUAUGCCAGGUUUACCCACGAGUCGGACGUGUGGUCCUACGGCGUAGUUCUCUGGGAGAUAUACAGCCGCGGCAAACAACCGUUCUACGGACAUACUAAUUUCGAUGCCUCAAAACUUAUUCUCCAAGGUAUCGUUCUAGUGCCACCAGAGAAUUGUCCACGUUUCGCGUGCGAACUGAUGCGCGGAUGCUGGAGGACGGAUCCGCGGGAUAGGAUAGGAUUCGAAGAGAUCUGUAGAAAAUUGGAGAUAGCUGCGUCGGCAGGUGGAGAAACACAGAUACGGCUGCCGCGACCGCCACCGCCUCCGCAGGACUCGGCCGGAUACUUGAUCCCCGCGCCGCAGCCGCCAGUGGACUACUUGGCUACGAUUCCCGACCCCGAGUCGAGCGAGGAUGAGGACGAGGACGACGAGUACACGUGACGAGGCGCGGCGGCCGCCGCGAGCCCGGCGGAAGCCCGCCCCUCGGCGCCCGCGUCGCAGUACGUGCCGCGCACCACGCCGCCCGCCGUAUCGGCUCUCACCUUCUCAUUUCUACCCCAAACCACCGUCGCUCAUUUCGAAUGUUAAAACGGAAUAGCGUGAGACAAAUGGACGUCUAGGAGACUCGAUGGAAUAAUACUCAAUUAUAAGUACCAAUUAGUGUGAUAUUUCCAUAAUAAUUUGUAGCCAAAUUGUUCAUAUGUAUUAAGUAUAAAACAAACGGUGUUAAGUAAGGUUCCGUAUUUUAAUAAGAAUCGCGAGAAAUGUGUGAUCCAAUUAGGACUUG